AUGAACCAAGAAUUGUCAUUGGGCGGCGACGCAUGGGAGGCAACGGAAUGCGUCAUUGAGCCUGUCGUACGCCUAUCUAGGCCCUCUGUCCGGAACAAUGUCUUCACCGAUGACACACUAGCGAUCUGGAAUACUGCGACUGUACCCAAUAACGAGACAGGACGGUACUUCAAUCCGCCCUGGGGAGAUGAUAUGGGUGUGCAACCCAACCAAACCUUUAUACUUGAGAGAGAAGCAGAAUUUGCUAUCAGGACGUUUUUAAUGAACAUUUUGAGUGGCGGGUUCUCGCACAAUCCAUUACAUCAAUCAUAUGGAGCGACAAGUGACAAUAUGGGGUACGCCGCAUCCGACAUCCUUCAGGCCCUUGGACGGGAAGAUAUUGUUGGAUGUAGUAGCGAGUCAGCGAUCAGGUUGAGAUGCGCCAUGGAAAACAUUGCAGCAGCAAUCUCCAAAACCUUUCGAGACACCAUGUACAUCCAGGCAGCUUCGAAGCUGGAAAACGCGAACAUGACACCAGGUCAUGUUCUGACCAGUGUGACAUAUGUCUCGAUUCACUGGCAAUGGAUUGUAUUACCCGUACUUGUUUGGAUACUCGGGGCUGUCGCGCUGGUAGGGACUUUCUGGAAGACACGGCGGACGCGAGUGCCCAAGUGGAGGAAUGAUCCAUUGCCUUUACUAUUUCUUUAUCGGCAUGAGACCGGUGAUGCACAGAGAUAUGAAUUACUUGAACAGAUUGAUUCUGGCGAGCUAAAUACCCUGCGUGGAAGGCUGCACGACGUUGACGGAAACCUAAAUAUAGGAUGA